AAGCAAGAGAAAAGCAAAGAAAGACAUAAAUUAAAAGAAAGGAAGAAAGAAAAAGGAAAUCUGAUAAAGAAGAAGAGAAAGAAAGGAAACAAAGACAAAGGUUCUCAAAACCCUAUGAUAUAUUCAAAUUCUCUCUCUAAAUCAAACAGGACUUUGAGUGAGAGCUUCAAUUCCUCUACUUAAACUAAAGUAAGGAGACCUCACAAAGUUUCUCCAAAGACCUGUUUGGGAGCUUCAAGAAAGAAAAGUUAAAGUGAAAGAGAGUAGUGCAAAGUGAAGAGAGAAAGUGAAAGAAAACAAGGGAAAAUUGAAUCUGUUUGUUGUUGAGGAAGCUAGAGAUGAAUAGAGGUGUUCUGCAGAGCUCGCCGGUGCAACAAAUGGUGGCCGGAAGCCCUAACUGGUGGAACAUCAAUAACAUGAGGCCACCACCACCACAACAACCUUCUCCUAAUUUAUUGGCAGCUCCUUCUUCUUACAGUUUCUUCCCUCAGUACUCACCACUACGACCCACAACAUCUUCUUCACUUCCCAUGUCAUCUUCUUGGCUUGAUCAUAACCAGGAGCUUCCAGAGUCUUGGAGCCAACUACUCUUGGGUGGAUUAGUGAGUGAAGAAGAUAAGUACUCUGGAUUGAGCAAUAAUAUUCAACCCAAGUUGGAAAAUUGGGAAGAUCAACUAUUACACCAGAACCAGUCUUCAAAUAUUUCUGUUGCAGACGUAAAGCAAGAGACCUCAGCAAACAGCUAUAUGUAUGGUCCAAGAAAUGUCGAAUACCAGACACCAAAACCUACUUGGUCUCAAAUGAUGCCAGUUUCAUCUCCAAAGUCUUGUGUUACAAGUUUAAGUAGUAACAUGCUAGAUUUUUCUAACAACAAAGCAGAUGGGAGGCAUCCACCGCCAGACCGUUCCUCUGAGUGUGACAGCACGGCGACUGGUGGGGCACUUAAGAAAGCCAGGGUUCAACCUUCUUCAACUCAGUCUACAUUCAAGGUGAGGAAGGAGAAAUUAGGUGAUAGAAUCACGGCUCUUCACCAGCUAGUUUCUCCAUUUGGGAAGACUGACACAGCUUCGGUCCUGUUAGAAGCUAUUGGGUACAUUAGAUUCCUUCAGAAUCAAAUUGAGGCUCUUAGCUUGCCGUACUUGGGCAGUGGAUCAGGAAAUAGAAGGCAGCAACAUUCUGUUCAAGGGGAGAGGAAUUGUUUGUUUCCUGAAGACCCUGGUCAGCUGUUGAAUGACAACUGCAUCAAGAGAAAGGGAGCUUCAGAGCAGGAUUCUCAUGACGAACCAAAGAAGGACUUGAGGAGUAGAGGGCUGUGCCUAGUUCCAAUAUCGUGCACAAUGCAAGUUGGGAGUGACAAUGGAGCUGAUUACUGGGCUCCGGCAAUGGGUGGUGGUUUCCGAUAGAGAUAUUUUGGACACGGCUGCAGGCACACGUACAGGAGCUUCAUGAAAUGAUAUAACAUCAUGAGCAGUCAAUCUGCUAAUUAAAAAUCUCUAAGGCUGAUUGCUCAUGAUGCUAUGCAUUUAUGUUGAAAUUAAUUUAGUGUGGAAUAUUGAUUGAGGCUUCAAAGUGUCCUUGAAACUAUCUAAUUUAGGAUAAUUAAGCUUAAUUAUCUCUGCUGCUUCCUUUUAAUUAUCGGUUACUACAAUGCUUUCAUGUAUAUGCCGCCAUCUAGUAUGAAUAUCAAUCAUUUUAUAUGCUGCAUGCAGCACUAUUUUCUAA